AUGAGAGUGACGUCAUUAUUCGUCGCGUCUACCCUGGGCGCGUGGACGGCUGUUGUCGCAAGGUCGGUCGGUUCUUCGACGCUGCAGAACAUUUUGAAGGACACCGAUGGGAGCCCGGAGUAUCAUUAUCCUACAGACUUUACUCGAGAGAUUAUCCCGCUAGCAAGGAGCACGGUUGUAUGGCUGACAACAAGUUCCAAUUUUAGUGACUACUGGAGAGAUCGACCAGUUUACUCUGCUAUAGCAGCUGGGUGCAUCUCGAUAGAAGCUGAUGUCUGGCUGAUAGAUGGGACGCUCUAUGUCGGCCACCACAAAGCGUCCUUGACGAAGGAGCGAACUUUUAAGGCACUGUAUAUUGAUCAGAUCCUCCGAAUUCUCGAACGAUUGAACCCUCGAACUGAAUUUGAACCGACAUCUACAAAGCAUGGCGUAUUCGACACGGACACAAGGCAGACGCUGUAUCUAUUUAUCGAUAUCAAAACGGACGGGGUUGAAACCUGGCGCCAGGUCUCAAAGGAGUUACAACCCCUGCGCGACUUGGGUUACUUGACCACAGUAGAAGCCGGCAGCAGGAGCGCUGGCCCCGUUACCGUCAUUGGAACCGGAAACACGCCGUUGAAUUUAGUGGAAGAACUCACGACUCGUGACUAUUUCUACGACGCCCCUUUGGCCGAUCUACACAGGCUCGAAAACAUCACGUCCUUAAUUUCUCCUAUGGCAUCGACCAGUUUUAAAAGAGCGGUUGGUGCGGUAGAUUCGGAUGAGGAGGAUCUACUGUCUAGUGACCAGCUAGAAACUCUCAGAUCCCAGAUCAAUGUUGCGAAGAGUAGAGGGAUUGGCGCCAGGUACUGGGAAACUCCCAGUUGGCCGAUUCGGAAGCGCAACGAGAUUUGGAGAGUUUUAUUGAAAGAAGUGUGGCAUUGUUAA